GGAAUCUGGGGCCCGACUUCCCUGAUGGGCAAGCGACGUUAGCGACGUUAGCGACGGGGCUUGACUGGUGCUCUGCUGUCGUGAUGGGAGGCCGUCGCGCCAAGAACAGAGCGGUGUCGCCCAGGCCCUGCAAAGCCACGCUUGGCACGCGCCGGUCCCAGAAGGGUAGCAUGGGCGGGUAAAAACAAUGGAAAAUUGAAAAUUGCAGCGAGAGUACUGUGCAGGUAUGUGCCGCGCGCAUCGCUCGUUGUCCCUUGACAGCAGGGAAGUUGGAAUGCGGGGACCCGGUUCGGGCUGCAGAGGGUUGCUGGCUCAAAACAUGGAACAAACAAGGGGAGGAAGAGGAGGAGGCAGGUUGCAGUGUCCCCGUACGAGGGGAGGGCGGGAGGAAAAAGGGGAAUUUUGCUGCUCGUCUCACGAUUCAAUCUCGUUUUGUUCCCUUUUACCUCCGUUUCUUCGUUGGAGUCCAAGCAACUUCUCACACUCUCUCUUACAUACACAGCCACCGCUUGGCCCGAACUUUCUCUGUCGUCUUUUCCUUGUCCUUUGGUGCCGUCGGAUUACUCGGGCUCGCGUUUGCCCAAACUGGCUUUUGCACUUUUGCAUCCUGCCAAGAGCAAACACCCACCCACACCACAGCGUUGGGACCCGAAUUACCUCAUAGGUCGAUCCAGGCUGGGAUUGGUCGGCCAUAUCGCUCAGAGAGAGCUAGGAGAGCUCCAGCCAGACUGGGAAAGCUCGACUUCGACCGGGGCAAUAGUCAAUCACCACACGUUCGGUUGCUACUACCUCAAACUUGUCCAGGUGGACGUGGACUGCACAGGUGUCCUGUCGGCGUCCCAUUCAGUGCCUCGAUCAUCUUGGCAAUCCAGUCAACCUUUCUUUCUUGUCCAGCCUCAAUUCUGGAACCGCCUGUUUUCCUGUCCGUGUGCCAAUUAUUGCCCAGCCGACUCCAGGGCGUCAUCGCCAUCUGCCAAGUCCAAAACACGCACAAGAACCAAGCCAUUCGCCCCUCUCGCCCAAGAACGCCUUUUUGUUUUGUCGCAGGGCCCCCACGCCUCGUCGCCUCUUCUCUGACUUGAGUAAGGUACCUGCUACCCGCCUCCUGCCUGUCUGCCUGCCUGCCUGUCGGGCACCUCGCUGCGCGCGGCAGUUCGCCUUGUCUCUCCCUACCGCAAAAGGCAAAAUAAUCGAGGGUAAACGGUCAAGCCCCAUGCGCCGUGCGCGACACCAAAAGCAGUAGGCACACAUCAAUACACGUCUCUGCGCCUCCGCGAUCGUCCCUUCACGUCCAGUCUGGUUCACGCCCCGAGACUCAACAGCCAGCAACCCAAGGCCAUCCGAGUCGACGCUUCGCUUCCACCUCGUCCCUUCUCUGCCGCCCGGCUCUCCAGGACCAGCUCGUCCAACGGCCGUGUGCGCCCACGCCCGGUGAUCAUGGUGGCUGCUGUAUCCUUCGCCAAACAGGUCCGCCAGAUGUCAGGCUGGCUACGGGGAGGCAGUGCCGCUCCCGGCCACCACCACCACAAUCACCACAACCACAACCACGACUCCGAGAGUGGACCCGGCGAGCACACUCCACUCAUCCCCGGUCGCCGCUCCGAACCGAGCCGGUCCGGAUGGGUGAAGUUUCUGUUCGAUGUCAACAGCACCCCCGGAGACAGCGACGAGAGGAUACUCGUCAGGGCAGCCGCCAACACCUGGCACGUCAUAAAGAUAUCGCUUCUAAGCAGCCCUGUUAAUAUUCUAAUCUUCUUCGUCCCUGUCGGACUGGCGGCCGGCAUCCUGGGCUGGUCCCCAACAUGGGUCUUCACGCUGAAUUUCCUUGCCAUCAUCCCAUUGGCUGCCAUUCUCUCUUUCGCGACCGAAGAGAUAUCUGUUAAGCUGGGCGAGACGGUUGGGGGUCUUGUGAAUGCAACCUUCGGAAACGCUGUCGAGUUGAUUGUCAGCGUUGUUGCUCUCAGGCAAGGCCAGAUCGAGGUCGUGCAGGCCUCUAUGUUGGGAUCCAUUCUGUCGAAUCUCCUUCUGGUCAUGGGAAUGUGUUUCCUCCUCGGCGGCGUCGCCAACAUGCGAUCAUCCGACGGCGAGGGCACGGAGCAAGAGUUCUCAUCAGGAACAGCCCAGACCACCUCCUCUCUGAUGACCCUGUCUGCUGCAUCCAUGAUCAUCCCCGCAACCCUUUACGGUGUGCUCGAUGGCAACAAUACGGAUCGGAAAGAGAGCGAAGCGUCGAUUCUCAUUCUCUCGCGCGGAACAUCUAUCAUUCUUCUAAUGCUAUACUGCCUCUACCUGUGGUUCCAGCUCAACACGCACAAGAACCUGUUCAUUUCCAAAGCGGAGACACAGCGCGUCAACGGUGUCAACGGCUCAGCCAGCCCCAACGGCAUCAACAGCACUACCAGCACUGUCGUGUCGGACGAGGAAUCCCAGAGUGGAGAGUCCAACGUUGAGGGCGAAGAGGAGGAGCACAUGCUCUGGUGGGCCGCUGCUCUGGUUCUGAUCGGUACCACUGUCGUCAUCUCGUUCUGCGCCGACUAUCUUGUUGAGAGCAUUGAGCCCAUUGUCGAGACGGGUGUCCUUAGCCGCGCCUUUAUCGGUCUGAUCCUAAUCCCCAUCGUGGGCAAUGCUGCUGAGCAUGUCACGGCAUGUGUGGUCGCGGUCCGCAACAAGAUGGACCUUGCUCUGGGUGUGGCUAUCGGUUCGAGCAUCCAGAUCGCACUCCUGGUGACGCCGGCCCUUGUUAUCACGGGCUGGCUCGUUCUCGACCAGCCCAUGACUCUGCGUUUCGAGACGUUCCAGACUGUUGCUUUUGCGCUCUCGGUCCUUGUCGUCACUUUCACUGUGAACGACGGUAAAUCCAACUAUCUCGAGGGCGCCAUGCUUCUCGGUCUCUACAUCAUCAUUGCGCUCGCCUUUUACGCAAGCCCGACGAAUGGCCUGGACGGCGCGCCCAGCUUCCAUAAGGCGAUUUCCAGCAUUGUUGGUUCUUCCGGCUAGUGGGACCUACCACAGCGUCCGACUGGCGGUUGACCUCAUCUGCACGCUUCAGAGAGUACGAUUCUCAACUUGAACACAGUUUCGCAUCAAGACUUUCGGACGUGACCGAGGUCAAUAACUACCAUAUGCAAUUACGUUUUGUAGUGGCUCCCUUAAAAGGGAGGGAAACCACACUAGUGUAACAAUACGCUAAUUGAGUGCGGCGCUAUUUUCCUUUUGUGUUUCCCUUUGUAACGCUGUACUUUUUUUUCUUCUGGAUUUAUUUUCAUGCCGAUUGCGCAUCACCACCAUUUGCUUUCCUUGCGUCCUCUUACUGCCUGGCGUUGUUGCCCCGAUACCACACAUGUUCAUCGUCACACGCAACAUUUUCUUGCGUCGAUUAUCAUAACCCGAAAACAUUAGGAGUGUAGAAAAACACGGGGGCUUGGAGGGUUUCAGGUUUUGAUGCGUUGUCCAUUUUGAUUCUUUCAAACAUUUUGGUUUUCUCGUUAUCAUUCCUGGCGUUUCUUUUUCGUCGUGGGGGUGUUGGGGGAUGUGGUGCAUCCGCUCUGCCUGUGUUAUGGGCACCUCAAGGUGGAAAUGGGGUGCCAGCCGAACACCAUCAAAGGCGCGAAGUCAUCUUUGCCAUCUGUAUUUUCUGGCGAGUUCUCGUAUGUAUUACUAGGAAUUUACGGCUGGCUGUCGGUAGCUUGCUGCCGACAAGUCAUGCGUUGUAUCUUUUUUGUUUCCCCUUUUCAAUAGGACAUGUUGAACGAAUUCAUUGACACCGCAACAUGGCUGUUCUAUUAUCAUGGCUC